AUGAAAAAAGAGGUUAGGAACUAUAUCAGCAAUUGUAAACCAUGCCAAAUUAAUAAGGAAAAACGAAAAAGCAAACAACCACUAGUAAUUUAUACCACUUCAUCGACAGCUUUUGAAAGAGUAGCUUUAGAUAUAGUAGGACCUCUGACGAAAUCAAGAAAUGAUUACAUGUACAUCUUAACCCUUCAAGAUGAUUUAACUAAAUUUUCGGCUGCAUAUCCAUUAAAAACCACGGACGCAGCGACCAUAGCUAAGACAUUUGUAGAAAAAUUCGUUUGUUAUUUCGGAAAUCCUACAAAUAUAUUAAGUGAUCAAGGUUCAAAUUUUUUAUCAUCGUUAUUUAAACAGAUGUGCAAAUUAUUAAAAAUUAAUAAAAUGCAAACCACAGCUUAUUCGCCAAUGACCAAUGUUGCUCUUGAACGUAGCCAUAAAACAUUAAAGGAAUAUUUGAGGAACUUUAGUGACGAAAAACAAGAAAAUUGGUGUGAAAUGUUAAGUUAUGCGAGUAUAUGUAUAACACAACACCACAUACCGCUGUAA